GGUCUGGUGAUUGGCAACCCUGCAUAUAGCAGUGGGCUUGAAACUCGAUGAUCAACCCAGGCCAUUCUAUGAUUCUACAAUGUCACCGAAGUGAUAGGGGAGCCAGUGAGGAAAGAUGUUCUGCUAGAUCUCAUACCAACAAAGAGGGGCCUGUCAAUGGCAGCCUUGACUUCAGUGACUGUGAGAUAGUGGAGUUUAGAAUCUUGAAGGGAGGAAGCACGGGAGAAGCAAAAUCACAGUGAUUGACUUCAGGAGAGCAGGCUCUGGCCUUUUCAAAGGUAUAAUUACUGGAGUCCUGUGGCAUAUAACCGUAGAGAGAAGUGGAGCCCAAGAAAGCUGGCUAGUAUUCAAGGAUCACCUCCUCCAAGGUAAAGAUGGGUCUAUCCUAACAAAUAGGAAGUCCAGCGAAAAUGCCAGGAAACUUGCUUGGAAGCACAAGAUGUUCCUGGCUAAACUUGAUCACAGGAAGAAAGCAUACAGAAGGUGGAAGCAAAAGCAAGUAAUUUGGAAUGAAUACAGUGACACUGCCUGAAGAUGUAAAGAUGAGAUUAGGAAAGUGAAAGCCCAAAUGGAAUUGGACAAGAGGUGUCAAAGAUGACUAGAAGGGCUUCUCUAAGUGUGCAGACAACAAAUGGAGGACUAAGGAAAAUAUGGGUCUGUUGCUAAAUGAGAUGGAAACCUGGUUCCAUAUAAAAGAUGGAAAGGACUGAGAAACUGAAUGUCUUCUUUGUCUUUCUUACUAGUAAGGCUGGUCAUCAGGAAUCCUAGGCCCAGAAGGUCAUAGAGAAAGACUGGAGCAAGGAAGACACUUCCUCAAUGGAACAGGAUCAGGUCAGGGAAUACUUAAAGAAUCUGGACAUACAUAAGUCUGUAAGCCCAAAUGUCAUAACAUGGACUCAUGAGUGAGGAGGGAGUUGGCUGGGCCCAGUCCUGUUCAAAAUCUUCAUUAAUGAUUAGGUUUAUAGGACAAGUCUGCUGCUGUCGCAAAUGGGAGGAGUGGCUGAAACAUCAGAGGGUUGGCUGUGCUGCCAUUAUGAGUGACCUGGACUUGUGUUCUAUCCAGAGGCUGGAGAAACUGGCUGAUAGAAACCUUUUUGAAGUUCAAAAGAAAGUGCAAAGCCCUGUGUUGGUGGGGAACAACCUUAUACUGGGGAGAACCCAGUCAGUGGUGGGCCCUGAAGAUGAUUAUCAGACUGGACUACCUCUCACAAGAGGGAAUGUUGAGAGAACUGGGUCUUCUUAGCCUAGAGAAGGCUGAAGGGGUGGAAUGGGGUGGGAGCAUUGGAAUAACAUUUAAAAAUACCUGAAGAGAGGAACAGAACCAGACUUUUUUCUGUGAUGCCCUGUGCCACCACAGAAAAAAAGAGACAGUGGACACAAACUAAAACACAUAGGUCCUUCCCUCUGAACAUCAGGAAGCAGUUCUGUCCUGAGGAAACACCUGCAAAGGUUGCUCAGAAGUUUUAGAGUCUCCUCCGUAGGAAUCUUCUGGAGCAGUCUAGAUAUGGGCCUGGGCUUUUUGCUCUCAGUGAGCCUGCUUGAGCAGGACUAGGUGACCUUCGGAGGUCCCUGCCAACCUCAGCCAUUCUAUGAAGUCUGUUGUCUAAGCCUGUUAGCUACAAGGAAGCUUUACCAGUAUGUAACAAAUGUGCAGUUAAGUAAAUGGAGUGAAAUAGUUAUUUUAUUCUAGGCUUCAAAGAUAUGUUGUCAGAGUCUAAGAGUCCUCUGGAGCUUUUGUUCUACUUGUCCUGUAUUCAUUGUGAUACACAAUCAUGUAAUAAGGCAGUCCAAAUUGUACUGUUUAUUCCUUAAAAGGUUGAGUACUGUUCAAAGUUGUGAAGAUGCUGAUUUUGCAGCAUGCUUGCUUCUUGAGCACUUUAAAAACUUUCUAAGCUUCAUGACACAGGCUUGAAAGGGGAUGUUUUAUUGAUAUUUGAGAAGUUGUUUUUAACACAGCAAGAUUUUGAUUCUGUUCCAAAAAGAUGAGCAAGACAUUUAAUCAAAAGUUGUUGCAAACCAUCUUCAAGUGUGUCACCUCUGAUCUCUGGAUGUCCAUUUUAAAACACGACACCUGCAGAACAAAUCACUGCUGAGUUUGGAUGAAUCAAGUGAGUCAGAAACAACACUUUGGUUGGGAAACUGAAGGUCUGCCAGUGAAAAUAAAGUUGAUCUAGAUCCACUCAAAUCUUCUUUGAGUGCAUCUUAUUUUAAAAUGUGAAUUCUAAUAUGGUGCCUUUUAGAGGAGAGAUAUUUACUUAAGAGAGGAGAUAAUAUUAGUGGAAGAAAUUUUGGAAACAUUUUUAUGCGUGUACUAGAAGAUAUGUGAUGAAAAUGUGCUUUCAUCAUGGUCUUUGAAUGCUGCUCAAAAAGCUCCUAACAAUGCUGAGAAGUAACAACUUUAAAAGCAGCAAAACUAAUGGUUUCCUAUGGCUUUCUGACUGCCAUAGCCUUAUACCACCCACUGCUCCUAUCUCACGCAUACAUUGCUGUGAACUUCCUCUUGUCUUCUAAUUUGACUGUAUGAAUUGCAGUGUAUUCUGUGUUCGGUUUGGAGCCACCUGUGUGCUAAAUGCUGCCCCUUUGAAGAAAUAAAAGAAUGGAUUUUAACUGCCUUUCUCUCAGUUGGAGUAAUAAUUUGUGUCCAUCUUCCUUACAGAGAUGUUGAUUUCUUUUCGUUUCUCACAAAAAGUAGAGGUCUGAAAUAGCCAAUUCCUCCAACUCUGAAAUCAAGUUUAGAGUUAGACAAUGGAUUCAAAGGGUAGCUCAAAUGUGACAAAUGACAGAAGUAUAGACGGCAUGAUUGCCUAAGUUUUAUUCUCUUAAGAAAUCGGGUUUAAAAAAGGACAGUCCUAUAUCUGAAUUCUGUUUUGUGUACUUAUUGAGAAAAGAGCUAUGCAGAAGAAAAAGUAUUUAAUCAUGUGGAGGUCUUUUUAUACUGCAUAACUCCUCUUUUCAUAGUUAACUGUUCACAAUUUCCAUGCUAAUCUCAUUUAUUUUUGUGACUGCACUAUUUCUGAUCUAGCUAAAUGGGCUGUCCUCUGUGACUGUGGAAUUUCUUUCAGCAUUUAAAAACAAAUUGAAGCAAUUUUCUUUCUGCUUUCAAUAUAUUAUUUCUGUUUUCACUGUCACUUGGAUAGGGCAUCUGUUUUUAGUAAUUUUUCUGUAUUUUGUUAACAUUUUUGUGCUUUAUUUUAUAGCUCGCUGCAUCUGCCUUUGAUCACAAUAAAAACGAAAUACCACAAAUACCUACCUUUUUCAGUAUUUAAGGUAGCACUCCCUCCAUGUGUGUGAGUGCAUAUCCGUGUGUAUGUUUUAGUAAGUGGCUCUGUUUCAGCACUCCUGAAGUGUUCUGGAUUCUCAAGUGUUAUUCAACCUAUUGAAAGCAGCUGUGUUGGCUUUAAGCUAGUUUCGCUGUGCUUUUUUGAUAAUUGUCAUCUCAUUUUUACUGAACAACAUCUACAUAAAGUCAAGAUGGACUCAUUUUCAUCAAAACACAGUAUAGCCUUUUGGCAAACUAAUUUUCAAUGACUUUAUCACUUUGAUCAGUAUUUCAGCCAGUACAGGCAAGUUAGGAAUGUCCCUUUCACAGAUUUGUGUCUGUGCGUGCUGGGAAAUUGUAUGGUAUAAAAAACUAAUUUUAAACUUGUUAAAAAUUAUGCUUAUGAGAACUCCUGCAAUUUGUUGUAUUUAUUCUGCUCAGACAGGAGAAGGAAAAUAAAACUUCUUACCUGUGUGCCUGGUGCAGUAUUACAGCAGCACGGCCUAGAUAGCUUGCUUUGGUUGGUAACUUAAAACGCACUGCUAAUGUGAAGAAUGCAUGUGUGUUCAAAGGUAUUUAAAAAAUAAAUCAGUUCCUUCGAUUUUUAGCAAUUUCAGAAUUUCCUAGCACACUUGCAUUGCUAGAAGAAUGUUAAAAAUUCAAGAAGGUCUUUGAAAACAAUAUUAUAUUCUUUCAGGCCAUUGUGACACAAACUACUUUUCAACAAUGAACUAUAAUACAUCCACAGCAUUUUAAAUUUUUAAAUGCAAAGUGAAAAAUAAGAAAAUAAAUACUACAUUUCUCUGGUAAAGUCAGCCAAAUGAAAAUAAGGAAAACCCCAGGUAAACUACUUGUUGCCAGAACUGUUAGGUCUCUCUGAAAUCUAAUGGAACUUCUUGCUGUCUUUUACAUUUUGCAUUUUGUGCUUCCUUUUUUUUCCCCUGUACUAUGAAGAUUUUGCUAUCAAAAAUAAUGAGUUCUGGCUGGAUGGAAAGUACUGGAUAUUAAGUUUCAGAAGAUACAGAGUAGAAAGUAUUUUGCAGCUAGGAAACUCUGUUUGGAAAGCAACAGUAUCCUCUUAAACACUGUAAAGAUUGUACUACCUACUGGUCAUUUUUGCAGGAUUUCUUUUGUAGCCCUUUCUCUAUUUCCCAGAGCAACAUAGAAUAUAUGGCAAUGUGUUCUUUAACAUAAAGAAUGUAAAGAAUUUGUUUGAUAUAAAUACUUUGAGGCAGUGUUUCUGAAUUGCUGUGUAUCAGUGACUUCGUAAAAUAUCAUUGUAAACUACUAGUAGUUGAUCAGCCAACUCUUGUGGUGUGUUCAGCUAACACAUAGACCAUAUAUGUAUGCUGCUUCAGUACCUGACACUUUGAACAAUUAGUGUGUUCUGGGAUUUGGAUUCUUGAUCUGUAUUGCUGGCGUCUAUUCUUUAUUUCUGCUUUACCAGUGGACUAGAAGGUGACUAAGAAGACAGAGUUUUUUUAAAAGGAUUCAAGACAAGAUGAAAGAACUACGGAGUCCUAUGUUUGAUGAAUUAACUGUGCAGAUUAACAGAAACUAGAAGAGGGAAUAAAGUAGUUGAACACAGAUACCAAAGAUUCCCGGUGUGUUUUUUUUUUAAAUGACGAUCAUAACACACAAAGGAAGGAGACCUAAUGGCUGUAUACACGAUGCAUCAAAUAAAACAUUUGGCAAAGUUCAUUACUAACAGCUAUUGAAAUAAAGUAGUCUUGGGUUUGAGGAUGAUGUAUCUCUUUUGUCCUGGAGAAACUGUUUGACUGCAGGAAGCAGCUUUGUCAACAUGGAGAUUCAAAGUAGAAAACAGAGGCCUGACAGAAGAAUUGCUGAAAAAUCUAGUGGAACUGAAUGAUUUCUCAUACAAAGAUAAAAUGAUCCCCACUGGGACUGGGAGAGUAUGAAAUUAGAACUUGACACUUACUAUGAUAAGGUAUGAGGUGACUUACUCACACCUGAGAAUGAGAACUUGUUCUAUGGGAAGGUCACUCAUAGUGCUUAAUACCAGAGAAAAUAAAUAAAUAAAUAAAUGGAAACAUCUAGCAUUUCAGGAAGGGAAGACAAAAUAGACAAAGUCCAUUUGCUAGUGUAGCAAACCUAGCAUCUUGCAUUCUUAGUGUAGUUCUAGUCUCUCAGUUUCAAAAGUGUAGUAAAACUGCUGAAACUAUAAGAAUAAGCCGAUGAAGAUGAUUAAAUUGUCAGAAAAGGCGAGAGUGUAAGUACUGCUUUCUAGUGGUUGGUGUGCAGUUCUGCUACAAAGAUAAUCUGUGAGUUUUCAGAACACAGGACUAGUUAAAUCCAUGACUCUACCAGUUUCACUUAAAACAAUAAAAACAUAGAACAGAUAUCAAAAAUACAGAUUCACUAGGUUGAAAAAAAAGAAUCAAAAUACUUUCGGCUUUCUUACAGAAAUUUGAGAGUCAGUUCACUGCUGUAAUCCUUCCAGGUUUAUGCCGUUGACCUCUACUGUUUCAGUUCUUACCAAACUGAAGUAUUGUGCCCUUAGUUCCAUCAGGUGUCUUAGGCUUCAGGUCUUUUAUGUAAACAGUCAAGUUCCCCAUUUUGCAUUAAUGUGAUUGACAUUUUUGUUUUGAUAUAAUCAUGGAUCUGUUGCUAAAUAUUUCAGAAAGUGAAGAGGACACAGUUUUCUGUGUGUUAAAGCAUGUUCCAAACAAAUUUUUUGGGUGUUCAGAUGUGCAUGGCAGAGGUUUAAAUGGAUACUUUAAUUAAUUUAUAUUUAGGUAGAGAUUUGUCGUUUCCAGAAGAAUAAAAUAAUAAUUUUUCUAAUUAUCUUCAAACAUCUGAGUGUCAAUACAAUGAAAAGAUCAUUCCUUUCUAGUCACAGCAGUUCUCAACAAAUUGUUUUAUUUGCUUAUUUCGUAGGACUCUGAUUUAGUUUUUUAAGUUAAAUUUCUACCCUUUUUGAGGGACUGGAAAGAGGCCUUUAGAAAUAUUAGCUCAAGCCAGACUGCUUCAUUGUGCUGCUGUAGUGAUGAGACUACUCAACAAAAGUCCUUUCCAUUACUGUAAUAUCCCUUUAUUGUUGAAAAUAUGAUUUUGUUAAAGGACAUCAUUACAACUCUGCCUUUAUGAAAUACCAAUUUCUUAGCAAGCGCAGUGGAUAAGACCCAAUGAACCAGGCACACACACUGUAAAGUAAGUAAAAGGAUCUAAGAAUUUUGUAUGUACAAAAGCAGUUUCAUUUGAGACAGAUCCUGCUUUUUGCCAUUCUGGCAGCAGAGUCCAAAUUAAUCUUUUUUUUGUAGAAUUAUCAUGCUGUACACACAACAUUGCCUUGCUGACUAGUAUUUUUGGAUGCAUCCUGUGAUAAAUAUUUUUGAGACUGGUAUGUAAUGAACCUAUUCCAAUAGGAUUUGUUUUGUGUCAAAAGCAGAAUCGGUCAUCUGGAAUUAAUGGAACUAGUGAGAGUUCCAUCAGUAAAAACAUUCAUUCUCUGGUGGCCACGUGGUGAGAUCUUCAUAUUAUAUACCAUCAAAUGCCAAGGACUUACUGUAGGUGUGUUCCUUAUAGUUCCUGAGCCAAAGGAACUAUAUCCUCUGCUAGGGUUCUAGCUGUCAGAGGCAUGUCUUUUCCCAUCUCACAAACUUCUGUUCCCAGUUACAUAGGUGUGUAUCCUGUUACUGCAUCCAACAGCAACAGAAAUCUCAUUUUGUUACCAGAUCUCUUGGUAUAUCAUACUUACAGAACUCAAUACUGUGUACAGGAGCUGUGGGAUUUCUCACAUAUGCAGUUGUCCGCUCACGUGAUAUGCUGAAGUCUUGGCUCAGUGGUAGACAAGGAUAUCACCUUGUGUACCAGAAUAAUUUGCAGCGUUCGUCUGAAACAAAUCAGUUGAUCUGCUAAUGUGAAAAUAAUAAAAAGAUCCUCGGAGAAUUAUAAUUCCAUUUCCUUUCUUUCCUGUUUGGGAGAGGCAGAGGAAACAUGGCAAACACCUGCUCAUGUUUAUGCAUGUAGCUUAUUCUCUUCAAAAUAUAAUUUCCUUUCUCAGAAUGUUAGCCAGUACAGUCAAUUAUGUCUUAGUCUCUCAUGUUUGACAAUGCUUCUCUAUCUACUUAGGUUACUUUUCCAUUAAUUGAUUAAUAUGGUGAGAUUAGUUCCUUUAAGAGGUCUAUCUUACAAUAUCUCCUAAGGUGACAUUCAGGUAUCUCAGAAACUUAAAGAUUUUUGAAACUGGUACUGGUGUAUACUUUAACUCUAGGCAGUGUGUAUAGUUUCCUGAGAUCUGCUUAUAAUUUUUUUUUAACAAAAUUGCACCUUCUCCUCAGUUUCCCAGUAGGCAUAGCAAAUUGGAACGGUGAAAUAUUCCCUGAUUAACAUUCUGCUGCAAGUAAACAAUGUAUUGCUCUUUCUUUUGAGCUUAGCCAAUUUGUUUUCUAUACUGAUAUUUGUCUGCAAUUUGUCUGAGACUUUUACAGAGCUAAAAUAUCAGUAGUCAUUUGAUUCUCCAUUGUGAAAAAUGCCAUUGAUGCAUUCUAAGGUCUUAGAAGCUCAUUUCCCCUUUUGUGGAAGGUUGGUUAGAACUGCCAUGUCACUGUCAGAGUGGUAACUCUUUAGCUCUACAUUCUGGUGCUUUCUAAAAAUACAAGUCUGUUUUUUUUUCAAAGUAGUGUUUUCAGGACUGUCUUGUGAUUUUAUGCACAAUAAUUCAGGAAGACCUUGACUGUCCUGUCUCAUCCUUAAGUAGCCCUGUCUGAUCUCGUAAGUGACCUUGCUUUAUUCCAGAGGUUGGAAUGAAGAGAUUCUGAUGUCCCUUCCAGCCUGAGUGAAGCUGUGAUUCUUGAUUCUAUCACCGUAAGUUAAUUAAAAAAAAAAAAAAAAAAAAAAAAAAAAGAUUGUUUCUGGAUAAUAUUGGUAGGAGUUCUCAGAGCUAUGCUAUCUCUGAUCAGCUUUUUACUGUAUUUAGUGAUUCUGCGGUUUUCUUAUGCUAGCAGAGGUUCUCUUUACCUGAGCCAUCUUUAUGUUUGAGUAGCUACUAAUUGGUCGAUUAUAGAGACCUGUGCUUGUUAAACACUAAGGAAUGUGUCAGUGCUAAGGAAAUGUCUCUUUUCUCCUCUUUUAGCAUAAUACUAGUGUUCUCUUUUUCUUACAAGUUCAUGUCCUGCUUGUAUAUCUCUGCUGUGUUCCAGGUUAUCAUAAGUUGGGCAUAAGUUGACUCCCUCCAAGCAUCUCUUGUCUCAGUUGACAUUCACACAAAUUAUGGCUCUGUGGGUUGGAUGGGGUUCUCAUGAUAGUUGUAGAGAGACAGUGAAUUGUGCUUUGCAUCUAUCAGUGAGCAGCUUGGAUGCAGAUUGAAAGACUUGUGUUUACUGGAUGCUGACUUCCAGUGAGUCCUGAACUCAGUGAGAGAAAGGAGCUGCUGUUUACCUUAUGUGAGGAUAGUGCUUAUGAACCUACAUCUGCUUGUUCCUUAAAGUUUUCUCUGGGCAGGGUGAAGGAUUAAAAUAAGAAUGCUACAUUCUUGUAGAUCAUGCAAUUACUUGCUACAAUACAAUCAGCUUAUUAAAGGGUUAGUGCAGGUCUUUAAGUUGCAUUAGCAUAGUUGUUGUUUUUUUCUCCUUUGAGCAUUUCUCAAACUUGUGGAAAUUAUUAUUUAAUUUCUGUACAUUUUCUGGGGGCUUUUAUUUAUUUUAACAGAAUUUUAAUACCACUUUUAAAAGUCAUAAUAGAAAAACAAAAUACGUAUAGCACUGGGGAUACAACUGCAUGACUGUUAAUUCAGGAGUCUUCUUCAGAAUUAGUUUGUUCUUAACUUCCUUCUGUCUGGGGAAGUGAUUUUUAAGAAUCAGGUUUCUUCCUGUUACCUGCUCUGAUCUGUUUAUGGAGCUGUUGGAGAGGGUCCAGAGGAGGGCCACAAAGAUGGUCAGAGGGCUGGAGCACCUCCCCUACGAAGACAGGAGAAGAGAAAGCUACAAGGAAACCUCAUUGCAGCCUUCCAGUAUUUAAAAGGGGAUCAUAAACAGGAGGGGAAAUCAACUUUUUACAAGGGUAGAUAGCAUUAGGACAAGGGGGAAUGGUUUUAAGCUCAAGGAGGAACAAUUUAGAUUGAAUGUCAGGGGAAAUUCUUCAUAGAGAGAGUGGUGAGGUGCUGGAACGGGCUGCCCAGAGAGGUUGUGGAUGCUCCGUCCCUGGAGACAUUCAAGACUAGGUUGGAUGGAGCCCUGGGCAUCUGGAGAUCAGUGGCCCUGCCUGUGUCGGGGGGUUGGAGAUUGAUGAUCCUUGAGGUCCCUUCCAACCCAAGCCAUUCUAUGAUUUAAGUAACUAAUAUGAUUAUACUUCAGUUCUGUACUUUUAGUUCUACAGUUUUGUGGCUGCAGAAUUUCAGCUGUAUGCAAACAAAUAAUUUAGUGCUUAGCAAAUGAUAUAUGCAACUAAUACCUGUGUAUAAUGCUAUAAUGGGAUAAUAAUAGCAGGGUGGCAGAGUCUUUGGUGGCUGCAAAUGAGAACAAGCUCAAAUACAGCAACCACAGAUACAGAGGGGAAAAAAAGCUGCUUACUUUUAGAAGGUCUCAGAUAGGCAGGGAUUUCCAGCAAGAGGUGCCCCUGCAUCCACUGCCGACCCUUAAAUGAGGUCUGGGAAGGGAUGGAUCCUGGCUCCACCCCUUCUAGUCACUCAGGUGUGUACAGUGCACCUGAGCUCCCCUGGGUUGGCCCUGCCUUCCCACCAGGUGCUUGGUCGCUGUUUCAGGCUGUGACUUAUCCACUAUGCUGUGGACCACUAGAUUUUGGUGAUUGUUUUUUUUUAGUAAUGGAAACCUCUAUUAAAAUCUCAUGGAAACAGGAAUCUCAGGAACCUUAAGCUGUAAAUGAAUUGUCUACUGCAUCAUUUGUUAUGCUUCCUAAAGAUAAAUGCUUUUGGCAUUUGUCAUUGUAGAGACUGUUCCACAGUAUAUCUCUGUCAAGCAGGUGUUUCCAAUAAAAAAACAAAAAGCGUGAUACCAUUGCAGGAUUAUACUGUUGCAUCAGGCUGUGACAAAGUAAAUAAAUCCCUUUUAAGCUUCAGAUGAUGAAGCAUGCCUGGGACAACUAUAGGCAAUAUGGAUGGGGACAUAAUGAGCUCAAACCAAUUGCCAGGAAAGGACAUUCCACCAACAUAUUUGGAAACUCACAAAUGGGUGCUACCAUAGUAGAUGCACUGGAUACUCUUUAUAUAAUGGGGCUUCGUGAUGAAUUCCGAGAAGGACAAGAGUGGAUUGACAAGAAUCUUGAUUUCAGUGUGAACUCUGAAGUAUCUGUUUUUGAGGUCAAUAUUCGCUUCAUUGGAGGCCUUCUAGCAGCGUACUACCUUUCAGGCCAAGAGGUUUUCAAGAUCAAAGCAGUGCAGCUGGCAGGAAAACUUCUUCCAGCCUUCAACACACCUACGGGUAUACCAUGGGCAAUGGUAAAUCUGAAAAGCGGUGUGGGUCGGAACUGGGGCUGGGCUUCUGCAGGCAGCAGCAUCCUUGCUGAGUUUGGUACUCUACAUAUGGAAUUUGUCCACCUCAGCUAUUUAACAGGAGACCCGGUAUAUUACAACAAGGUCAUGCACAUUCGGAAGUUACUCCAAAAAAUGGAUCGUCCUAAUGGACUUUAUCCAAAUUAUUUGAACCCAAGAACAGGCCGUUGGGGUCAGCAUCACACAUCCGUGGGCGGGCUGGGAGACAGUUUUUAUGAAUAUUUAUUGAAAGCCUGGCUUAUGUCAGACAAAACGGACACAGAAGCAAGAAAAAUGUACGACGAUGCCAUUGAGGCCAUAGAAAAACACCUCAUCAGAAAGUCGAAUGGAGGACUGACCUUCAUUGGAGAGUGGAAGAAUGGGCACCUUGAGAGAAAGAUGGGUCAUUUGACCUGUUUUGCGGGGGGAAUGUUUGCCCUUGGAGCAGAUGGUUCCCGAGAUGACAAAGCUGGACAUUACUUGCAACUUGGAGCUGAAAUUGCACAUACUUGUCAUGAGUCAUAUGACAGAACAACAUUAAAGCUGGGUCCAGAAGCAUUCAAAUUUGAUGGUGGUGUAGAGGCAGUAGCAGUGCGUCAGAAUGAGAAGUAUUAUAUCCUAAGACCGGAGGUGAUUGAGACCUACUGGUAUAUGUGGAGAUUCACGCAUGAUCCCAAGUACAGGCAGUGGGGCUGGGAGGCAACACAGGCAAUCGACAAGUAUUGCCGAGUUAGUGGUGGUUUCUCUGGUGUCAAGGAUGUCUAUUCGUCAUCUCCUACAUAUGACGACGUACAGCAGAGCUUUUUCCUUGCUGAAACAUUGAAGUAUUUGUAUCUGCUCUUCUCCAACGAUGACCUCCUCCCGUUAGACAACUGGGUUUUUAACACGGAAGCUCAUCCCCUGCCUGUUUUACAUUUAGCAAACACCACACUUUCAGGAAAUCCUGCUUAUCGAUAAAAUCAGCUCUAAGAAGAGGAAGAGAGACUUUUCAGCUCUGUUUUGUUUACAUGGAUCACUUGAGACUUUAAGCAGGAGAGGAGACGGACACUUGAUAAAUCUUGACCUCUUAGUCAAGUACAGGCGUGAGAAACAAAGCUCUUCAACAUAUAGAUAAGUAAAACUGAAACAAAGUUCUGUUUUAUAUAUGACCAAAACACAGGUGUGGUAUUUGCAGGACAGAGACUUCAAGUGCUUUGAACCCUAGCAAGAAAUGGAAUCUACUGUCUAAAAUAAAUGCAGCAGCGUGAGGAAGAAGAGGCUUUCCCAUUUAGGGACAGGAACUUGCAGCUGCUGCUGUUGGCUGUUGCAAGGCACAGCGCACCAGUCAUCUCUUCAGAUUGGGUGGGUUCCAAAUACUUUUGAUUUUUUUUUCUUUUUCUUUUUGUUUGAUGAUGGCAUGAACAAAGCAACAACAAAAAACAACAUCACUGCACCAGCAGCAUCAGGAUUUGAAUUUUUUUCUGUACCUGUCUGAAUUUUCUAGGGAGCAUCAGUUUGCCCAGACUGGCAGGCAUUCUUGGGGCUUUCAAACUAUUAAAACUAAACUAUAAAAACUAUUACUUUCUCCUUUUCCCUUUUCAAAGCAAUGUUGAAAGUUGUAUUGUAUGCUCAUAUUCAAAAAAGCAACGAAUAAGCAUUUGGUUUGUAGUUUGCUGUCAACAACAAAGGCUUAGCUCAUUUCACAAGUUGUGAUUAGAGUGUGGAGCAUAACACUGGGAUGGGAUAAGAGCCUAGGUGUUCUUUCUUCAUAAACCCCAUCACGUGGAAAGUCCACAUUCUCGUUUUUCUUGUUUUGUCUAGCCAAAUUUACAGAGAUAAAAACAUGAGAAAAACAGUCCCAUAAUUUACAUAGGAAGGUAUAGUAUAUGACAUUUAAAAAUGCUCCCCUUCAGCUAAACAGCAGGAGUUUGUUGUUUUAUGUUUUUCCACACAAUCUGGAUUUUUCCUAAAAAUUAAUUUCACUCUUUGGAUAAUAUUCACAGAACCUUAUUUGCAGGUUUGAAAUCCUGUCUUACCAUUAUUUCUGUGUAUGACAGAAGCCAAAAACUGCCUUUGAUUUAAUCUAGAAAACUCCUUUCUGGGUGCAACAGUUUGGGUGACCUGCAACAGUGCAAAACCAACAUUAUCGUCUUUGGAAACAACACAACAUCCCUUACAUAUGAGCGGAAAAAGAACCUGCAGAUUCUCUUCAAUUAGUUGUUUAGAAAUGAGAUGCUGCUUCCUUUUUUUUUUUCCCCCUUGAGUACUCGAAGGCUGGAGUAGUUCAAAUACUUUGAAAUUGGGCUGGACAGUAUCAGUUGAGUCUGCCUCAGUCUUCACAAUUUUUGCUAAAAGAAAUAUAGCCUUUUCAAGUAUCUCUUCAGCAAUCAAUAUAUAUUUUUUAGUGUUGUUCCAGAAUCCUUAUAGCUUACAUAAUUCUUUUUACUCCUCUCUAUACCUCUCACGUCCUUUUGCCAUGGUGACUGGCAUUUGUGCUGGAAAAGAGCAGUGAGGUGCUUCUUUCCCUCCUAAUGUGUGCACGGGUUGAAUCUUUCAAAAAUUCUGAUUGUCUUUUCAAACUCAAGUGAGUACAAGAAUUGUCUUUAGUGAACUACAGCAGUGCAGCACCAUGUCUAAAGGGACUGAGUACCCUUCAAGAAUGUUUAUAUAUGAAAUUUCAUAUAUAAAAACCUUUUCCCAAUAUCACAUUAUAAUUUUUCUGACUAUAUAUAGAAAUAAGAUUUCCCAUAGUAUUUUCUCUCACUCCUCUUUGACAGUAAUUUACAGAUAGCAAUUUUUCCUAGGUCACGUGAUUAUUUCUCUAAGACUCUGUCCUCCAGACUGUCACUUUUGUUUAAGAGGAGGAAGACGUAGACCUUGGAAAACAAUCUGAUCUCAACAUUUUUGCCUUAAUACCAAUUACUUAGUUACUGUAAUUCGCAGCAGAAUCUUAAAAAUAACUUGAGAGCUGAUUAAGUAAUUGAUGUAGUAAAUAAUACUGAUUCAAGCAAUUGUUUAUUUAAAGUGAGAAGUAUCUUAGUAAAUGGUUUCUUCUUACUGGUCGCACAUUAAUUAAUUUCUCCUAAAUCUCUCUAGGUACCAAGAAGAAAUAGGAAAUAUAGAUUCCUCUGUUGGUUUUGUUGUUGUUGUUGUUUUAAAGAGUGAGAGACUUUCCAUCCUAGGCUGUCGUCAUACACCUCCUGAUAAAUGCAGAUGUAGAAUGGCUGCCAGUCUGUUCAGAGACAAAAUUCUGUCAGAGUCCCAGAAACAGCAAAUUUCUUACCAUUACUGGAUGCUCUGCCACACCCCUCUUGUGAACUAAAGAGUUACUGUUCAAAUUAAUUCCUCCUUGAAUCCCUGUGUGUUAAUUCACUGCCACAAGAAUGCUUGAAUUGAGGACCUAAGCCAUUUCGUGUUAUGGGAUGGUAUUUUUCUCAAAGCAAAUGUACAGUACUGCUGUUUCUUCUUUGUGUAGACAAGCAGCAGGUACCAAAUAAAGGACAUUUGUUUCUCGUUUUCUAGUUA